AAAUUAUAUUACCGACCUGAAGGUUAUUACCAAAAUGCUAAAAGAUUGCAAGAUGCUUGUAGGAAGGCUAGAUAUAACUUUCCACUUGUUAUGAUAAAAAAAUGGCUUGAGUCUCAGAAAAUGUAUCAAAUUUAUCGUUCCUUACCAAAGAAUGCACCUUAUGCUAGUUAUUCUAGAAUCUCAAAACCUAAUUGUAUUCAUCAGUGUGAUUUAAUUGAGAUACCUUAUGAUGAAAAUGAGUAUAUAAAUUUAUUGAAUGAAAAUAACGAAGUUGCAGAAGCAUUUAAGAGUAUAUAUGAUAAUCCUAAUAAUCCCCUCAACUGGCCUCGAAAACUACAAUGUAAUAAGGGCACUGAGUUUAUGGAAUAUGUGACUUUAUUAAUAUAUGAACAUGGUGUUGAAAUUCGAAGAAUUAUAGCACGUUUCAGAUAUACAAGCUUGGCUAUAGUCAACUGUUAUGCUGGAUUAUUCGAAUUAACAGUUUUUAAAAAUCAGUAUGCGAUAGAAUUUCUCUUACCUACUGGUGAACGCUGUAGAGAGU